AUGCCAGACCUGUCUGCGCCACAGCAGUCGCCUGACGAUCCGACGCAGCCUACAGCGAUCACGAAGGAAGAGCGCAUCAACGACUGCGUGGCCUGCCGAGUCAUGGGAUCGCUCGUUCUCGGCGGCGCGGGCGUCUAUGCGCUUGCAGAGAGCAGACGAUUCGCUCAGAUAGGCAGAGGAGGCUCAAUAGCAGCACGGCUGGUUGGAUAUGGUCUGAUCGCAGGGGCAGCAUAUCGCGCAACGGUCAGAUCUAGCUUCGGCGCAGCGUAG